AUGGCUACAGGUAUACUGUUCGAUGAUAUGUUUCUUGUGAAAGAUGUUGAUCCGGAAGGGAAGAAAUUUGAUCGUGUUUCACGUUUGUUCUGCGAUAGUGAAUCUUUUAAAAUGGAACUCAUCCUUGAUGUUAACACACAACUAUAUCCAAUGAAUCUAAACGAUAAAUUUCGAUUGUUGCUAGCAACAACGCUACGUGAUGAUGGUCUACCAGAUGAACGAGAAUUUGAUAAUCAGACACAUUAUCCGCGAUUGGAUCCAUUCGAGUAUGUAAUGUUUGGGAAAGUAUAUCGAAUUGAAGGAGAAGAAUCGAGUUCCGAAACAAAUACCUUAGCAGCGUAUGCAUCAUUUGGUGGUCUUUUGAUGCGGUUAAAAGGUGAUGCGAAUAAUUUGCACGUGAUGAAACCAGAAUCGAUGAGUGGUAUUUCCUGUGAUAGCGAGUUGCAACAACUCAGGCAGCAUCUUGAAGAAUCGAAGGAGAAACUUGUAACAUAUCAAAAUUUGCUAGAAGCCAUGGAAGAAGGGAAUAUGACUGAUGCUGUGCUGGAACAUUGUCCUAACUUGUCAAAAGCUGUAAUGGAGAAUACUAAGUUGAAGUACAGGAUGCAGAUCCUUCAGGAAAGCAUACGUGAACAAGAACAAUUAAAUGAGAAAAACGGUAUUAAAGAUAGCGGUACUGAAGCACCUGUUGAGAAGAAAUCGAAAAUGAAAAAGUCUUCAAAAGACGGUGGUGAGAAACCGAUCGAAAAUAAAAAACCUUCCAAGGAAACAAAAAAAUGCAAUUAUGUUAUUGUGAAGGAUUUUGGAAGUUCGUUGCUAUACAUGUUACGCGCCUUAUUUUUAGAAAGCGUUUCCAAGCUAUAUGCGGAAAUGUCUACUAUUCCUAUUUUGAUAACAGAAACUCAGCAAGUUAAAUUUGGUGACUAUCAAUUCAAUUCAUCAAUGUCCAUUGCUAAGAAGUUAGAACAAAAUGGUCAGAAGAUUUCUCCUCAGGAAGUUGCACAAAAAAUCAUGGACAACCUGCCAAAGUGUGAUCGGAUUGAGAAGAUGGAAGUUGCUGGACCCGGUUACAUCAACAUAUUUUUGAAUAGGAGCUGGAUUGCCGCAAGCAUUGCAAAUAUUGCUUUAAAGGGUAUUGAAAUUCCAGUAAUUGAAAAACGUCGUGUUGUGGUUGAUUUUUCAUCUCCGAAUAUCGCCAAACAGAUGCACGUGGGUCAUUUGAGAUCCACAAUUAUAGGCGACAGUAUUUGUCGUUUGCUCUGUUAUGUUGGUUUCGAUGUUCUUCGUUUGAAUCACAUUGGCGAUUGGGGUACACAGUUUGGCAUGCUAAUUGCUCAUUUGCAAGACUGUUUUCCAAACUUCAUCAAUGAAGUACCGCCAAUUGCGGAUCUGCAGGCUUUCUAUAAGGAAUCAAAGAAGCGUUUUGACGAAGAUGAAGCAUUUAAAGCCCGCGCUUAUCAAUGCGUUACUAAGCUACAAAAUUUUGAUCCAGAUUUUGUGAAGGCAUGGCAAAUGAUUUGUGAUGUUUCUCGGAAAGAUUUCAGUCAAAUUUACGAUCGAUUGGAUAUAACUAUUGUUGAACGAGGCGAAUCAUUCUACCAAAAGCAUAUGAUUGAGCUCGUUGAAGAACUCGAUAAAUUGGGUGUUUUGGAGCUCGAUGAAGGGCGAAAGAUUUUAAGAUUUGGUGAAAAAGUGCCACUCACUGUCGUUAAAUCAGAUGGUGGUUUCACAUACGAUACAUCUGAUUUGGCAGCUUUGAAAUAUCGCUUAUUUGUUGAUAAAGCGGACUGGAUCAUUUACGUUGUCGAUGCUGGACAGAGUCUGCAUUUUGAACUAAUAUAUGCUGCCGGUCAGAAACUUGGAUGGUAUUCACCGACUGAGAAACGAGUCGAACUUGUCAGUUUUGGUCUAGUUCUAGGAGAGGACAAAAAAAAGUUUAAAACGCGGUCGGGUGAUACAGUUCGCUUAACAGAUUUACUUGAUGAGGGUGUGAAGCGAGCAGAAAUAAAAUUACAAGAAAAACAACGAGAUAAGGUUAUGAUUUCGGAAGAGUUGGCAUUAGCCCGCGAUGCUGUCGCAUAUGGUUGUGUAAAAUAUGCUGAUUUGUCGCAGACUCGUACGCAGGAUUAUGUUUUCUCGUUUGAUCGGAUGUUGGAUGACCGAGGCAAUACCGCUGUUUAUCUUCUCUAUGCCUUUGCUAGAAUAAAAUCAAUAUGUCGCAACACUGAAGUUUCUGAGGAAGAUAUUCGAAACUACUUGAGCAGUUUACCUAAUGGAGUUCUUCCGUUGGAACAUAAAUCGGAAUUUAAAUUAGCAAAAACAAUCCUUAAAUUUACUGAUUGCAUUUUGAAUACCUUGGAUAAUUUUCUUUUACAUCAACUUUGCGAUUAUGUUUAUUCUUUGGCAACAGUAUUCCACGAUUUUUACAAUGAAUGUUACGUAAUUCAGAAAGAUCUUGAUGCUUUACUCCAUGGCUUCUUCAAGCUAAUUCGUUUUACCUUCAAUUUUGAUAGUUCAAAAGAAGAAACGAGAAAUUUUGAUGAAAUUUGUCGUCAGUUAGAAGUGUUACAACUUGAUUUUGCUAAUGCAGAAAAAGUAUCCGAUGCUUGCAUUUAUCUAGCUGAUCCUCAUAAACUUCCAGGACCAGCUAAGGAUAGUAGUAAAAUUGCUAGCAAAAGUGAAUCAAAUGAGAAUGAUGGAAUGUUGCAUUUUCAUCAUGAAAAAACUAAUGAGCAGGGUCGGUUAAGUAAACAGUAUCAAAAGAAUGGUAUUAGCAUUUCGUCUAAUUUUGAGAGAACUCUUUUAAAUCAUUUUCAACAUACUCCAAUAUCUAAACGCAGAAAGAAUUCUUCAUUGAAACAGAGACAUGCGAACGGCGGAAUCUCAGUGUUAGCUAAUUUGUCAGAGAAUUCGAAAUCUUAUGCAAAUUCUCAAGAAAGAAAUUUGAGUCAACGAAAUGUUACCGAAACUGUCAGCACUAACAGUAGCAAGAGUUUAAGCAGUAAAGGAAGAAAAGGACGAGUAGCUAAUGAUCAUUUUGAUGAAAGUAGUAGCCCUGUUCAACAUUUUUGCAGUACUUCAUUAGUAGCCAGCACUCCACUUUUGACGAAACCUGAUAAUGAAAAUCAAGAUCGACUUACUAUGGCGAAUAACGCUGUAACGACUGGAAUACGUCAAUCAAAACAACAAAUCUUGCUAAAUUUUUCUACAGAUAGUGCUGAUUCAAUAAACACUGUCAGUUCUAAAGAUGAAACAAUAGGACGUGAACAAGGAGCUAUUACUAAGCAUAUUGCCCGUAUUCGAACAUCUAAUUCAACACUUAAUUCGAGUAAAAAAACCCUAUUCAACGAUACAUCUCGUUAUUACAGUAUGCGCACAUCAUUCGGUGGCAACAGCAGCACAAGUUUCAGUUAA